AUGUACGCACCGUCUUUCCCCAUCACGAGGCGGAUUGGGCACCCCUACCAGAACCGGACGCCGCCGAAGCGGAAGAAGCCGAGGACCUCCUUCACGAGGCUGCAGAUAGCGGAGCUGGAGAAGAGGUUCCACAAACAGAAGUACCUCGCGUCGGCCGAACGCGCCUCGCUAGCCAAGACCCUGAAGAUGACCGACGCUCAAGUCAAGACCUGGUUCCAGAACCGCAGGACGAAGUGGAGUGUUGGACACGGCGACUCGCAAUUCGUCCCUUUUCUCCCAAAUGCAUAUUCGUGCGUGUCAAACGUGUUACUUUCUCUGCGAAUAACGCAGCUAAAGGGCUACCAACAUUGGCUGGCAAACGUGUACGAGAGGAAUCCAGCCAGGUUGCCCCGAGACAAUGAGUGCGUGUUGGUGGCAUCACCGAUUACUUCUAAUGGACAAGUGCUGUUUGUGUUCGGCCGAGAUAACGCGUGGCCAGAUACCCGGCGCCAUGCCACCGCUUUUUAUUGUAACAACAAAAGAAAAAGUCCCCGACCCGCUCUCAAGAUGGCGCGUGAUCUACCGGCCGAUUGCGACGCCAAGGAUCAGCCCAUUCUCCGCUCAAUU